AUGCAGGAUAACGAUGGCCUUGGUCUGAAUCUGGCCGUUACUCAUCUGGGCGUGUUGGUAUUCCAAAACCUGAUCCGGAUCAACACUUUGUCAUGGGCAAAAAUACGAAAGCUCAGUUUUAAAAGACGACGGUUUUUGAUCAAACUACACGCGGAACGUUAUGACAGCAUUGAGUUCAUUUUCGACUCACGGGAUGAGUGCAAAUUGUUUUGGAAGAACUGUAUCGAACAUCACACAUUCUUCCGAUGUCCCGUACUACAGCGUGACCCUCAAAAACGUGGUUCAGUCACUUCGUCCGGAUCUUCUUUCAGGUACACAGGUCGAACACAACAGGAACUUGCUGAAUACGUAAAGCGUCAUGGAGAAUAUCGUACGGUUUUCCAGAGACCCUCGGCUGCUCGAAGAGCGAAUCCCAAUAUUCUGACCGGUCCGAACUACCCGUCCCGGAGAUUGAAUUCGGCCUCAAUGCAAUUACGCUCCUCCUCGGCCGAUCGUCGUGGUUUCCUGUUGAAUAACAUGGGUGCCAGUCUAUCGACUACUACUCUAGGUCGUCAACCAGCGCUGAAACGAGCUCAAAGUAUGGCUGCUGGUGCACUGGGCCGAGGUGAAGUGGACGAGAUUACCUCAGGCGGUGAUGGACCGGGAGUGAUGACAACGAGUGGAUACGCUACAAUGGCUGGAAGUGCAGGAAGUGCUCAAAGUGGAGAAACCAGAGGUACCGGAGAACGAUCACGUGAAUGGACGGAUGAAACAGAACCACAGCAACAGCAACAGCAGCAACUCUCAAGUGAAUCUCAAAUUGAUGAGAGUAGAUGGAUCACAGAGACCCACCGUCGAAUGACUGGUGACUGGACUGGAAAAGCAGUUCAUCGUGAUUCUUCUGGCGAAUCAGGACGUCGAUCUAAAUCGGCUACAGGCUCUCCGCGAACUAGUGUGGCUGCGUCCUUGACCCGAUUAAAUACACAACUGGAUGAGCUUCUUCAUUCACAACAUGAGCCGGCUGAACCAGCAGUGAGCAAGCUUACCAUAAACGCUACAGUGGAAUGUUCCAAUAUUGAAGAUAAUAAUGGACCUAUCUAUAGCCAGCCGACAGAAGAGUCUCCAAGAAAGCAACCGUCCGAAUGUUCCGCUCAAUACACCUUGGUCUCGGUGGAGCCUACCGACAAUUUUUCGGCCACAGCCACCAACAUCACGACAACUACCGCGGCCACUGCUGUCAGUGUCGCACAAUUUCUAACAGACCAAUCGAAUUCCGUUCCCAGCGUGAGGUAUCAGGAUGUUAUGGACUCAAUCCGGCUGGACAUGAAUACCACCGCGUUCCCUGGCACACCAACAGUGACUUAUUCGAGUGCCACACGAACGGUGAUGUCCACCGACCCGGUGAUCCGAGACUCACGGUGUCACACUAGCAGUCAACCGGGAGUGAUGAUGAUAGCACAACCAGAUGUGAUCAGUCAAACGGAUGGAUUUCAUCCCCAGUCGGCGGAAGUCAGUGGGCGCGAGGACGGAGAAGCACGAAGUCCAUCGGAAUCUCGUAGCACAGGCACAAGCUUGACCACAUUCCUUACUGAUGCAGUCACCCCACUACGAUUUGACCAAUCCGGACAAGGCGCAGAUUAUUCAGUGGCGGCUGCUUUGAUCGGGUCCCCGGUGGCGUCAUCCCAUCUUAGUCGAGACCCUAUUCCGAAUGUGCUGGGUCAAUUCGAAUUUCGCGCUCAGGAUGGUUUGUUCAUUCUACCUACGGUUACCCAAUUCGGACUGGAGAUCAAUAUGGACAGACAGGAGUCCCGGCCCAUGGAUUCCACACGUCAAACUCUUUUCACGGGCAUUCAGACUCCAGUCACGGAUGCCGCGGUCUACAAUGUACAACCCGGUAAUAUGAUGGAUACUGUGAUGCACUGGUAUACGCGACCAGACACUGCCUCAACCACAAUCGCCCCCGCGGCACUGACCGGCACGGUCACAAUGACAACACCAACUUCCCUGGCAUACGGCCCAUUCGGGACUGUUGGAGCACAGAUUGCGGAUCAACAAUCAAUUGACUUUGCGACACUUCAGCAGCGCACACCGAUCACUUCCGUCUCCACAGAGCAAGUGACCUAUGGUUUGGAUAGUGCAUUCUCACCGUCGACAAUUCAAGCGCUCUCCGCGCGAGCCAUUACCACUGCAUCCGGGAUUAUGAGCACAGAGACUACCGUUUCGACAGCUGAUGUUUCCCGACCGGUCGAUGCUGUGACUGUGGUCAGUCAACCGUGCACCACAUCGACCACAGUCGGACAGAGCUCUGGUCAGCUACAAGGAAGUCAUACAAACGAACCACUUCCGACUUCUGGCUCUGUCGAUCAGUGGAGCUCAAGUGGUUCGGACAGUACUACCGGAGUGAUUCUUCGACCGGAUCUGGCUUCCAGUUUAUCCCGUAUCACACAACACAGUACCGGGUGUCCGCACGCUACUCCUAUCCAGGCUCGACAUCAGUCGAGCCACGCUUUGCCUCAUACGACAGCAACAACACCCGUCAGUGCGGACACCGGAAUGCAUCCAAAAUCUCAUUCCACACAUUUGUCAUCGGGCGCAACUAAUGGCCCAUUACCUGUGCUUCCACUGAAUACUCUGCCCUCUCGACCGUCACAUCGUAUCAAUCCCUUGCAGNCUUGCAGUGUUCAUCUAAGUGGUUUACUGGACUCUGGGUCUAUCAACACCACGGCGCUUGGGUCCACAUUGGAACCGACAGCUUCUCUAGCACAAGGUCCCAACCCCUCGAAUCCGGGAGGGGAAAAACGACGCAAUAAAGAAUCUGUCGAUCCGGACGAACGACGUACUCGUCGUCGGGCAACGGAGGUCACUUCACAGCAAACUGACCACAUACAUGCCGAUAUGGUCCUACUGAAUGGAAUUAAUGCCGCCGCCGAUAUGUUGGAGGAAGUCCCUUACGUUGUGAUGCGCCGACCUCGAUCGGUAGACGUGAAACAAUACCAGAUGCAUUUACAACGGCAGCAACAACAAGCCGCGGCUUUGGCUGCAGCUGCAGCGGGUUAUCCGCUACAUCCAUCUGGACCACAUCAUGCACCAAUGUUCCCUACCGGAGAACAUCACUAUCCGUACGGAUCCCGAGCGCCACCACCGGGUACAAUUCCACCCAUGGUUCCGUAUCCAGAAGCCUACUAUCAUGGGAUGCGUCACGGGAUGAUGAUGUUGCCGUUCGAGGGUGAAGGCUAUCCCCCGAUUCCAGCUGGACCGUAUGCGGAACGGACAAAAUGCAAGGCGAAACGACGACAUUCAAAAAGUCGAAUGGAAGCGGACAGAUUGGCAGAGGGUGGUGAACCGAGAUCACGCCCUGGCAAGCCGUCCACUUCAUACAUGGCUGCCGGGCUUGUGUCCCCACCAUCAUCCGUGCCGGCGCCACACCGUCACAUGGGUCAACCGCAAGAACUUCACCACGUACACUGUGCCCAUCGCUUGUCUGGCAUGACCGGUGAAAAUGUUCCCACCCUGCCAACCAGUCAAUCUCGACCAAUUGCCCAUUCCCGUCGACAUAUUCACACACGUCCCGAGUUGAGCGGUGUUUCAUCUGCACCGCCCACAGGAGUACCAUCUGGUGCGGCUUCUAUCACCUCAUCCCGGCACACAGAUGUGGCGGACCGGACAAAACGCGCUGCUCAAGGCCCCCCUACUAGUUCGACCAAGUCGGACACGAUUGGAGAUCGUGCAAGAAAAGGAGCGACCGAGCAGGAUGAUGGACGGGAAAUGGAAAUACCAUAUCCAGUCUCUGAGCUCUAUGUCUCUCCGUCAAGAAACAUGCAACCAGAUGAUAUCCGCAUCGUUGACGAGUACUACCAGGCCAGGUCAGAUUGCUACACUACAGCUCGCUUUCAAGUCAUUUCCCCUGGUGGUGGUGGUGGUGGUGGUGGUGGUGGUGGUGGUGGGCGACAAGUUAACACUGUCCGGACAAACACAUUUCUUUCGGGAAUUUGCAAGUGCCCACAAUACACGAGAGCCGUUGAUUUCUAUUGUGUAUGUAUUGAAGAAUUCAUCAAUAAAUCCUAUGAAUUUGGCAUUUAUCACUGCUUGUUUUCAGAUUAA